CAAUGUGUGUGCGGCUCGGCGCCUCAGUUGUGUUGCGAUUCGCAGCCAAUACGGGCGCCGAGAAUGUCUUCCUUCGUGCUACAUACAUGAAUGUAGCCUCCAACCAUCGCGCUGUAUAUUGUCUUUUUUAUGACAGCGACAGAGGGGUUGUGAAUCAUUGCUUUUAUACCGCAUCCUUUUUAAGACGAGGUCGUCGGAAGGUUCACUAGUAUUAACGUGACCUAGAGCGGUGACCGAAGGGUGUUUGCUUUGCUCUUCUUUUCUUUUUCCCAUCUUCUUGUCAUAGAAAAUUACAUUUGCGAAAGGAACAUGGCGAGUGAUUCUCCGGCUCGAAGUCUGGACGAGAUCGAUCUCUCUGCGCUGCGGGACCCUGCAGGAAUAUUUGAGCUGGUGGAACUGGUGGGGAAUGGUACCUAUGGACAGGUGUACAAGGGUCGCCAUGUUAAGACGGGUCAACUUGCUGCCAUCAAGGUCAUGGAUGUCACUGGGGAUGAGGAGGAGGAGAUCAAACAGGAAAUCAACAUGCUUAAGAAGUACUCACAUCACCGCAAUAUUGCCACUUACUAUGGUGCGUUCAUCAAGAAGAACCCCCCAGGGAUUGAUGACCAGCUGUGGCUUGUGAUGGAGUUCUGUGGCGCAGGCUCAGUGACAGACCUUAUCAAGAACACCAAGGGCAACUCCCUGAAGGAGGAAUGGACAGCUUACAUCUGCCGGGAGAUCCUCAGGGGUCUGACACACCUGCACCAACACAAGGUCAUCCAUCGAGACAUCAAAGGCCAGAAUGUGUUGCUCACGGAGAAUGCAGAGGUCAAACUAGUUGACUUUGGUGUGAGUGCACAGCUGGACCGCACGGUUGGUCGACGGAACACAUUCAUUGGGACACCAUACUGGAUGGCACCUGAGGUCAUUGCCUGUGAUGAAAACCCAGAUGCUACGUAUGACUUCAAGAGUGACUUGUGGUCCUUGGGAAUCACUGCUAUAGAGAUGGCAGAAGGAGCCCCACCUCUGUGUGACAUGCACCCCAUGCGGGCCCUGUUCCUCAUUCCCCGGAACCCUGCCCCUAGGCUGAAAUCUAAGAAGUGGUCUAAGAAGUUCCAGUCAUUCAUUGAAGCUUGCCUUGUGAAGAACCACGGACAGCGGCCAAGCACAGAGCAGCUACUGAAGCACCCGUUCAUCCGAGAUCUGACCAAUGAGAGGCAGGUCCGCAUCCAGCUCAAGGAUCACAUUGACCGCACAAAGAAGAAACGAGGGGAGAAAGAUGAGACUGAAUACGAGUACAGUGGGAGUGAGGAAGAGGAGGAGGAAAACGACAUGGGGGAGCCAAGCUCAAUUAUCAACAUCCCCGGGGAGUCCACCUUGAGGCGGGACUUCCUGCGGCUGCAGCUGGCCAAUAAGGAGCGUUCCGAAGCACUGCGCAGGCAGCAGCUGGAGCAGCAACAGAACGAGGAGCACAAACGUCAGCUACUGGCUGAGCGUCAAAAGCGCAUUGAGGAGCAGAAGGAGCAACGGCGACGAUUGGAAGAGCAACAGCGACGUGAGCGUGAGCUGCGGAAGCAGCAAGAACGGGAGCAGCGUCGACGAUACGAGGAGAUGGAGCAGCUGCGUCGAGAGGAGGAGAGAAGACAAGCGGAACGUGAGCAGGACUACAUCCGCAGGCAGCUGGAGGAGGAGCAGAGGCAGUUGGAGAUUCUGCAGCAGCAACUGUUACAGGAGCAAGCUCUCCUGCUGGAGUACAAGCGGAAGCAGCUGGAGGAGCAACGGCAGGCAGAGCGUCUGCAGAGACAGCUUCAGCAGGAGAGGGCCUACCUUGUGUCCCUACAGCAGCAGCAGCAGCAGCAGGACCAGGAGGCAAGACCUGGAGAAAAGAAGCAGCUCUAUCACUAUAAGGACUUGGUCAACCCCAACGACAAGCCCACCUGGGCUAAGGAGGUCAUGAAGCGAUCACAAAGUAACUCUCCCCGCAUCCCUCCCAAGAAGCACCACUCCUUCAACCACCCUGGGGAAGCCCGCCAGGCCCAUGUGCUCCCUGUCCCCCGUAGGCCCCCAUCCUACCCCUCUAACCCACUCACUUGCCUCAGCAGAGAUGAAGCCACUGAGUGGCUGCACCAUAUGCCCACAGACAUUCCCAAAAUCUGUGUUACCAGGGAAGAACUGCAAGCUGAGGCUAAGUCCCGUGGACGCAGCCCUGGACGAACCCAGCAGCUGGUGGAGGAACGCUCACUUCUCAACCGCCAGAGUUCUCCGGCUCUGCAGCACAAAGUGGCCAAUCGUAUCUCAGACCCAGCCUUGCCGCCCCGCUCUGAGUCUUUCAGCAACAGCGGCAUCCAGGCGGUGCGCACCCCGCCCAUGCAUCGGCAGGUAGAGCCACAGAUGGCCCACUUAGUCCCGGUGAAGUCCCACAGCUCUUCCAUGACGGGCUCCCAGUCUCUGCAUGAGCAGUCGACCCAGGCCAUCUCAGCCUUCCAAGAGGGCCUCGUGCCACACCGUCCUACCAUACCACGCCAGAACUCAGACCCCACCUCAGAGACUCCUUUGCCACCACCCCGUGUUGCCAGCCGUGAUGAUAAAUUUGAUCGCAGCUCCUGGCUGAGGCAGGAGGAUGACAUCCCUCCCAAGGUUCCCCAGCGGACCACCUCCAUCUCCCCUGCCUUAAUGAGAAAGAACUCUCCUGGCAACGGAGCAGGAGGCCUGGCGCCCCGAUCAGAGUCCCAGCUCAUCCGGGCCAGCAAUCCAGACCUUCGGCCCUCGGUGGAAGCAGGCCUACCCAGGAACAGCAGUGGCAGCUCAUCCAGCUCAAGCACCCCCAGCUCCCAGAGUGGGUCUAGACCUGGAUCCCAGGCAGGCUCCAAUGAGAGAACCCGGCCGGAAAACCGAGCAGGGUCUUGCAGACAGGAGGCUCCCAGCACAGUGCCCACACAGGAGGCACCCAAAAACAGGCAGCAGGAGGAAGGCCGGGAGCUGAGCCGCCCGAGCCGCCCAGCAGACCUUACAGCCCUGGCCAAGGAGCUGCGAGAGCUCCGGUCAGAUGAGACAACCCGUCCACCAGUUAAGGUGACUGACUACUCCUCAUCCAGUGAAUCGGAGAGCAGCGAGGAAGAGGAAGGCGGCGCACAUGAUGGCACUGUGCCUGUCAGUGACAUCCCACGCAUUAUGCCGUCUGCAGUCCAGGGAGGCUGCGAGCCUUAUGGGUCGGCUGUGAUCAGCAGCCACGAUGAAUCGCAUGGGGAUUCCCAGGGCAUGAGAGAGACGCUGGGGGAUAGGCAGCGCUCCGGCCAUGCCCAGAGCAACGGCUUUUCCGGCCACGUCAAUCUGCCUGAUCUAGUGCAGCAGGGCCCCUCUCCCUUGGCCACGCCCACUGAGGGCCAGGGGCAUCUCUCCAGUCUGCAUGCGCAGGACCUGGACCCCGCAGGCGAAUAUGUGUUGGGAAAUGGUUCCAAGGUUUCCUUCACCCCAUUUGUGGACCCACGAGUGUACCAGACCUCUCCUACAGACGAUGAUGGCGACGAGAACUCAGCCACAGAUAAAGCCCUCUUCACCAGUGAGCUGUUGCGACAAGAGCAAGCCAAGCUUAAUGAAGCACGCAAGAUCUCUGUGGUAAACGUGAACCCAACCAAUAUCCGGCCCCACAGCGACACACCUGAGAUCCGCAAGUACAAGAAACGCUUCAAUUCCGAGAUCCUGUGUGCUGCACUUUGGGGUGUGAACCUGCUGGUGGGCACUGAGAAUGGCUUGAUGCUUUUGGACCGCAGUGGCCAGGGGAAGGUAUACAACCUCAUUAGCCGCCGCCGCUUUCAGCAGAUGGACGUCCUAGAAGGUCUUAAUGUCCUUGUUACCAUCUCUGGCAAGAAGAACAAGCUGAGGGUGUACUACCUCUCUUGGCUUCGGAACAGAAUACUGCACAAUGACCCGGAAGUGGAAAAACGUCAGGGCUGGGUCACUGUGGGGGAGCUGGAGGGCUGUGUGCACUACAAAGUCGUGAAAUAUGAGAGGAUCAAGUUCUUGGUGAUUGCCUUGAAGAACUCUGUGGAGAUUUAUGCGUGGGCUCCAAAACCGUACCAUAAAUUCAUGGCUUUCAAGUCUUUCACAGAUCUCCAACAUAAGCCUCUGCUGGUGGACUUGACCGUGGAAGAAGGUCAAAGGUUAAAGGUUAUCUAUGGGUCCAGUGUCGGGUUUCACGUGAUUGAUGUGGAUUCUGGGAAUCCCUAUGAUAUCUACAUCCCGUCCCAUAUUCAGAGCAGUAUCACCCCACACGCCAUUGUGGUGCUCCCCAAGACGGACGGCAUGGAGAUGCUUCUGUGUUAUGAAGAUGAGGGGGUCUAUGUGAACACGUACGGCAGAAUCACGAAAGACGUGGUGCUGCAGUGGGGAGAGAUGCCCUCCUCUGUUGCCUACAUCCACUCCAGCCAGAUCAUGGGCUGGGGAGAGAAGGCCAUUGAGAUCCGUUCCGUGGAGACGGGACACCUCGACGGAGUUUUCAUGCACAAGCGAGCUCAGCGACUAAAGUUCCUGUCUGAGAGGAACGACAAGGUCUUCUUUGCCUCAGUUCGAUCAGGAGGCAGCAGUCAAGUCUUCUUCAUGACCUUGAACAGAAACUCAAUGAUGAACUGGUAACUCACCCCGCAGUCCUGCUUGCGCGGAGUCUGCGCUCUCUGCAUACAUUAGCGUGUACGGUUCAUGUCAACACUGACUGUGAGAAACAUGAAUAAAACUGAAUCACAGCAAGGGCAACAGGACUGGAGGACAUCAAGGAACAGACCUUGGUUCACAGCAGCCUAAAUGAGCUGGGGAAGGGAAGGAGCAAAACAUAACCCUACCACAGCGCCCCUGUCUGGCAUCUUGCUGCCAUGGUGGUAUAUUCCUGCCAUGCACGUAGACAAAAAACAGCCUUGAGUGGAGUAUGGUGAUAAAUAUGAUCACUCCCCCAGUCCAGUACCUGUCCUGCUCUUUCCUCUUCUCACUGCCUCCUCCUAGGGUCCAGCCAGCAGUAGCCAUUCAGGUCAGCUGUGGACCUGGACUUUAUAUGGCCUCUCACGUAGGAGGCCUCUACUUCUCUCACUUUAGAGUUAUUUUUCUGUCUUUAUUUGACAUCUUGCUAGUUGUUCAUACUGUCUUUUUUCAUAUUGCUGUGUGAAACAAUCCGCACAUCAUGCCUUGUCACCCGCUGAGUAGAGAAGGAGGUGUCUGCAGCACCGCAAACGGUGAUUGUGGUCAUGUGCACAAUGUGGUAACUGCAAAGCCAGUAGACUGUGGGACUUUACAUACAUAGUUUGUAAAACCUGCUUGUAUAGAUGUCUGUGUGUGUGUGUGGUUUUUUUUUUUUUUUUUUUUUUUUUUUUUUUUAAUUAUUAUUAUUAUUAUAAUAAUAACCCUUCUCCCGUGUAACUGCGUAUUACCUUCUGGGUUUAUUUGUUCAGCCUCUCUGCAAAUCCCCUUUCAGUGAUCAUGCAGUAAAACAUUGUGUUUUCAUGAGGAUAUGCAGCAAGUACUGAACGACUCCCCCCGCAGCAGUUGUGAAACCAGUACCUUUUCAUCACUCUGCAUCGAUCCGGUUUUCUUGGGGGACUGGAAGGGUGGGAUUUGUUUUUUUUUUUUUUUUUUUUUUUUUUUUUUUUUUUUGCAUCGUGUUACACCAGCGUGACUGAGUUGCAGAUAAUCUAUAGACUGAAGAUGGAAAUGUUCCUCCCUUUUGAGUCAGUGCUCAGGUGGGGGUCCCAACUGACACUUGCAGUUGUCCCUGUUCUCCUUGUCUUACCCCUCGUGAUUUGUUUUCUUUGGGACUGUGAGUGUGUGUUUUCUCCAUCUCAGCACGACAAUACAUGGAAACCGUGACCACUCCUUUGUGAUUUGAAAACAGCUGCUAGCAUGGGCAGCUUGUGGGGUUUUAUUAGCCUGUACUGUAAAUCAAAACGUAAGAAAUGCAUCUUAAAAAUCUGUGUUGCGCUUCCUGUUAUUAACCUACCUCGUUUGUUUACGGAGUCAUUUUUUUUUAUGUUUACAUGUCCAUAUAUCACUUUACUGAUCCUGUGUUCACAGAGUGUUGUACAUGCUGUAGAAAAACAUUUAGGUCAGUUUGCAGGGAGAAAGAGCAGAUGGCAACAUGAGUGCUUCUGAAAAAAUGAUUUAUUACAGAAAAGUUUAAAUCCCUAACAGAAUAUGUUUUGAUGUUUGGAAAUGCAUUGCAUAUAGUACAGUCCAUCAGCUAAAGUAACUUUGAUGUAUGCAAUUGUAUGCAUGCAUAGUAAAAUAUACUGUACUAUUGCGUACAUUUUAAAAUACAUUCUGCAGUGUGUUCUCACAACUGCUUAUACGGAAGUGGCAAUAAUUUCACUUGUAAUGUAUGUUUUGUUUAUAUUUUUAUGUAACUGCAUUUUGAUGCAUAAUUUCAAAAGCAAGCGAUUAACAUGUGAAUGAGUAUGGAUCAAGACUUGAACUGAAACUGCAAGUUGCUGACAGAUUUGACAUUCAUGAACUGAUGACUAGUUCGUUUGUGAAUUUUCAUUGAUCGUGGAAAGUCUGCUGAUUUAGGUUUUGAUCCUUGUUCUUAAGCCACUACUGAAAAAAAUUACUUUAGCUAGGGAUGAUACCAAUGAUGAAAUUGCUAUGUAAAUAUCUUAUUAGUCAAAUUUUUAUUUUGAAACUCAAGUAUUUUCACUGUUAAUUUCAGGGGGAAUUUAGUUUUUGAACAUGUUUUUCUUUGAGUUUUAUUAGAAUGUUAUAAGAACAUCAGAUCAUGAAAUGAGUGCAGCGAGUUUUAUAUGUGAAGCGUGUUAACUGUACUUUCACCCACUAUGUCAAUAUGAACAUAUUCAUAACAUUCCACUGAUGCCGUGGCAGUGUAGCUUUGUUUUGAGCACAAAGACAACUUUCCUCACCGUGUUUUACAGUUUUCAUUAUGAAAUUUUAGAUGACCACAGCACAGUUGCCAACAGGACAGAAUGUUCAGGAGUUAUGUUUUAAACUUCAGAGAUAUUUUGUAAAGAUCAGCUAAAUGUAAUUAAUUGUCCAGCUGUGGUGACAUUAUUUCUUUACCCAUCUACAUUUCGUUGUAGUUUUGGUGUUUACUUGCAAAAUCAGUAGCAUUGGGUAAUGGAGGUUAAAACUGACACAUUAACUUCAGUUUGAUUUUUUUUUUUUUUAUUUCAUUACGGUGCAAUUCCCUACAGUACACAUUUCACUGAGAUGUAACAUUUAACCAAGUGAUGAAAAUUAAGAAGGAAAUUCCUUGCAUUAACAAUGUAUUUGGAGACAUUGACAGAAAACAUAUCUUUCCGAGACUAUUGCAGCAUUGGCAUCACUGAAUUUAUAGAUGGGCAUAGAGUAAAAGAUGCCUAAUUAUCCAUAUGAGCUUUUUCUGCAUUGGCAAACGAUGAGAGGCAAUGCGAAUCUCUUUGUGCUGCAAAAAUUUGCUUUUUGAGGAUAAUGCCUGGAUUUAAUGACAUCUCCUGAGGCUGUUUGUCUUUCAAUAGUGGUUGAUGUUGAGUCUAACUCCCAUAAUUUACCAGUUUGUAAUUUAAAUAAUUUGAUUGCAGUCCAACUAGUUUUGAUCAAGGUUAUUGAUUCAUUUACAAAGGGAUUCUGUCUUUUCACUUUCCAGGAUAUAUGGUGAAAUAGGCAUAAGAAUGUCAAGAUGUCUAAAGUUUGUGCUUUGUGAUUGAAUCCAUUUCCUAUGCCAAACUUUUAAAGUAAGCCUUCUGUUACCUGCUUUUUUUUUUUUGAAAGGGGGGGGGGUUGUAAGUUUUAUGGGCUUUUUUUCUCCUGGGUGUCUUGUAAGGUUUGCACAAUACAAAUAUUUAUAUUUGACGAAAGAUUAAAUGAUUAAUUAGGAUAUUAUGGGGAAGGUGGAGACACUACUAGUGACUCAAAACCUAAAACAGUUUAGCAAUAAAAUGUACUGCUAAUUUAGAUUUUUCUUUUUUAAAUGCAUACAUUCAUGAUCAUGUGUCAUUCUCUAGUGAACAUAUUGCUUGAUCUGGCAGAGAAAUUGAGUUAUUUUCUACUCGUGUGUGUGUGUGUGUGUGUGUGUGUGUGAGAGUGAGUGUGUGUGUGAGAGUGAGUGAGAGAGAGAGAGUGUGACAAGAUUUGUGUGUGUGCAGGCUGGGGAGAGGGGGGUUUAAACAGUAGCCAGCGUCCUUCCUGCCAGUCUGCUCCGUUUUCACUUCCCAACUACUGUCACAAAUGUGUUCUCAAACAAUGUGCAUUAGACUUGUCCUGUUUUUUAAUGACAUAGAUUAAUAAACACGCAAAUAAACAAAUGCCACUAGUGGCAUCCUGUAGAAUUUGUCUCUGUGGUCUUUUGCUUUGUCGCUUAUUAAAGAGAGCAGAGUGAGCGACAGCACAUGUUCCGCACUACCAGGCUCUGCUGCUGCUACAGCUGGGACAUAUGUUACCAUAGUAAACACGUAACCGCCGUACCUAUAUGAUGUGCCGCGAGGAAAGCUGCUUUUGAAAUAGACCACAGCAACGAGUAAGUGCGUGUACCGUGUAGAAAAGGAACAGAGCAGUUCUGAUGGUCCAAGGUUCUGAAGGUGUGACCCACAGGAGCAGAACUCGUCACGUGUGCUUCCCCCCCCCCCCUAGAAAUGACUCCGGAAUGACAUGAUCGUUACCGUUACUGUUGUGUCCUCAGUUCGUGGCUGUCACGGAUAAAAUUUUAACUGAAACGUACCGAGAAUUCAUUCAUUCAUAAUUGUUGUGACGGUGCAUGGACAUAGUACCUAGAGCUGAUGCACGAAAAAUAUUCCUUCCGUCACACCUGAUGCUGAAAUCACGCAAACUGCCAGAAGCGUGUGUGUGUGUGUGUGUGUGUGUGGUAUAAUUAUUAGGGUUAGGGUUAGCUAGGCUAGCCUAACCUAGUAGUAGUGGAAAUGAAGAGGCGGCAGCAGCGCCGCAGUCUUUCGCUCGAAACACCCCAGUGCGGAACUCCAAUCUCUCAAAUCUCAUGGUUCGGCACAUGAUGGGGUCUGAGCUCCAGUUUCCUGUAACUAAUACCAGGUAAACAGGGUAAGUCGUCUGGGACUCAAGACACAAGGAGUCCAACUGUUGCUCGGCUUUCUGAGUUCAUUGCCGCGUUCGCCUCCCGCAUCGCACCGGAAACGGAAAAGGCUCCUGACCCCGAAACGGCAGUGAUGUCUGGGAAAUGGCGCGGAGCCCCGCCUCCU